AUGGAGUCCAUCAUCCACCGCCUGUCCGCCCGCCUGCUUCCUCUUUCCACCUCCUCCGCCGGUCCAUUCGUCGGCGCCCCGGGCAGCGGGAAUGCUGCGCGGCGCCGACUCCUCUGGCGCUGCCGCAGACCCGAUGGUAAAAUCAUCUCCUCCUUCGACGUCGAGGGCGCACCCUCUUCUUUCCUCCCCGCCGGCGCAAGUGGUUCCCGGCGUCAGACGAGGGCCGCGGCGGGUUGGUUCCUCGGUCUCGGUGGGAAGAAGGGCACUGCGUUGCCAGAAAUCAUUAAGGCUGGCGACCCCGUCCUGCACGAGCCCGCCCGGGACGUCGACCCCCGAGAGAUUGGAACGGAGAGGAUCAAUAAGAUAGUAGAAGACAUGAUCCAGGUCAUGAGGCAGGCUCCUGGAGUCGGCCUGUCCGCCCCUCAGAUUGGAGUACCUUUGAGGGUACUACCUACGACCCUCACUCACUAUUCUAUCCCGUUCCCUCUCUUUCUCUCCCAGUCGUUUCUUUAUCUGCAUGCUAUUUGCAUUCAAACGAAAAUUUUGGGCAUUAUUUUUCAUCUCGCUCAUUUCACAUUCAACAAUGAGCUCCGGAAAAGAAAUGAUUCCCAUGUCUUGGUCAAUUUUCUUGCUAAAUAUUCUGGAACAGAAACAGAGCGAUUGGAUUUAGAUGUGAGCAUGUGUCAAGUUCCGCCCCUCACGCGAGUGCACCCCUGACCUAAGAAAAGACGGUCGCUUGAGAAAUAUAAUGUGAGCCCAACCGACAUCUGUUUCAGAUGGCGGCUGAGCCCGGCGGUCGAACUUGAUCGAUCUCUCGGUUGCCAGAUAGAUGAGUUUCUCUGCAACCCGAUAGGUACAUUAGAGCCCUGAAACUCCCUCUGACGUAUCUCGAGGUCGGAAGAUUUUGUUUUCCCACGCCGUCCUGGUACUUUGAUCCGCCCAGCUCUUAGAGUUUUGCCCCCGAAUGCUCGUGGUUAUGACUUUCUUUGAUUAUUAACGGGAUGCCGAAUCUCGUGUAAGUUUGUGCAGCGUGUUGGGAGAUUCUCGUUGUUUAUUGGCAUGGUGGAGGCGGCAUGCAUUUACUCACAGAUUUGUAACGAAGGGUUUCUGGUCAGCAGUAUAACGAUGAAUCCGUCAGGUUUCCCUUCUAGAAAGGGCAGUCGUUCUUGAAGGAAAGGAUCUAAAUAUUUUGAGGGCUGGUUGCUUUCCAUUGGCGUACGUCGUCUACCAACUUUUGAGAUCACGUUAAAGGGUAGGGGAACUUCGCCCCUGUGGCAUUUGUUUUCCCCAUCCAAGAGUCAUCUUUCCCUGAAAUCGAAUGCUUCUGCGGAGGGAUGUCCGCCCGCUCCACGACUUUAUGUUACCACCUGACAAGUUGUACUUAAUCCGAACAGGAAAGGUCAUAUCUGUACCUGGACUUCUAUUGCAGAUAAUUGUUCUGGAAGACACUAAAGAAUACAUAAGCUAUGCUGACAGGAAAGAAGUUGAAGCGCAGGACAGGCGGCCAUUCAAUCUUCUGGUAAUUCAAGAUCAGGACAGGCGGCCAUUCAAUCUUCUGGUGCUACUUCUUCUAUAUAAGUCUUUAUAAUGCGCCAGCCAUCUGUUGCAGGUGAUUCUGAAUCCGAUUCUGAAGAAGAAAGGGGAUAGGACUGCGUUGUUCUUCGAAGGAUGUCUAAGGUAUGAAACUAGUGAAGUUCACAGGUUCGGACCGCAGCAAUGCGAUUCUGCAGCAGGAUUGUUUUGGUUAUGAACAGCUUUUGUUAUCCCCUUUUGCGUAAGUCGAAUUUCACGACAGAGUAGUCUUUUUUCUGAGGCUUCCAGCAUGUGUUUGCUAAAUUCGCCUUAGAAUGAGAAAAGACUCUUCUUCCCCAUGUAUUCAUUGUAUGCGGUUUAGUCUGAUCUGCUAUGGAUUUUAAUCAGGACUUAGGGGAAAUCCGUUCGACAUUUGAAAGUUCAAAAAGAAAAAAAAAUGAAAAAAAGCCGGGAUUUCCGCGGUUCUCCCGGUCUCCUUUUGACCAAUGGAUGAAAGAGGCAACGAAAAACAGCUUAGGAUUCUGCAUAGCGCAUCUUCAUUGCCCACGCUCAUUCCUCUCUUCUUUUCUUCCCGGAACAUUAUAUCAUUUUCAUCAUUAUUGAAGAUAUGAUUACUAAGAUGCUUGAGAAUUUGUUUGCAAGCCCUUUUCCCAUUUUUUAUUGCCGGAUGUUUGUCUUCAUGGCCCGAUUUUCUUCUGAAUUGACUGAUUCGACCAAUCGGAUAUGAUCGCCUGAUUUGAGCUCCAACCCUAUUUUCUUGCCCGUUCUUCCCCCAUUACGCAUAUGUUCCUUUGCAUUACCAUCUUCUCACGAUUGGCAUCAGUUUAAGACAUCCGUUGAAUGUGUCCUGUGGAGUGGGUCGUGAGAUUCUUCUAAAAAUAAAUCUCUCUUAGGAACUCUUCUUUUUGGGUCAAAGGUUUGCGCCAUUCGGAUCAUAGAUUAUUAGUCCUUGCCAGUCGUGGAUCGUAGAUGUCGAGCACUGUUGAAAAUUGCAAGGUAACUUUGCAUCAUAUCUUGCCUAUCUUCAUUAUGUUAAGAGGUUGAAUGGGCGGCAGCAGCUCACCGCAGGGCAUCUUCCAUUGUUUUUUUUCAAUUUAGAGUGUCUGUUGUAGCGCCAUUUGUGUGUGUUGCGAGGAUAAUGUAUUCGGCUACCCUUUCUUCUGACGCUAAGAAACAAGAAGCCGAUGAUGAAGACGAUGCAUGGAUCCUUUAUAUUUUCCAAUUGUUAGUGUCUACGUGGGUCUCCCCUCUAAUCUGUGAUAACCCCUCCUUUUCUCAGUGUUGAUGGAUUUAGAGCAGUCGUCGAGCGGCACCUUGAGGUUGAAGUCACUGGAUUGGAUUGUGAAGGACGUCCCAUCAAGGUGGAUGCAGCCGGCUGGCAGGCUCGGAUAUUACAGCACGAAUGCGACCACUUGGAGGGCACAAUCUAUGUCGACAGGAUGCUCCCCAGGACGUUCCGAACGGUGGGGAACUUGGCUCUACCCCUCCCUGCGGGCUGCCCCAAGCUCGGACCCCCCUGA